UAUUAUCUUCUAGUUCAUGAGUUGUCUACUGCGGACUGUUUACGUUUUAAUCACUGCUUCGGCUGCAAGUUACUUUACAUUUUAAUAAUAUAUCAUCAAAGACUGUAUUCUUCUGUGACCCUCCAUGCUGUGUCUUCAUGGGGAACGCGUAGGAAAAUAAGUCAGAUUUUGUGUUGCAUGUAUCAGUAGACUUGAAGCGUGUUUGCACUUCAGCCUGUUCUCUUUUAGCUGAAAGGCUGCUGAACUAAGAACAACGUAAUGCUGCUGCCUGUCUUCAAAUCAAAGUUAAAUGGCUGUAGUGUGUAUAACAACAGGACACACAGCUGGUCCCAGUCUAAUCUCUGUUUGACUUGAGUGCCAAGCUGCAGAGUCCAGCUGUCCUGUGAAUAAAGAGGAUGUCCUUUUACAGGAGAUGGAUUACCUUCAGUGAGUCAUUACGGAGGCUUCCUCCUGAGACCACAUGGAGAUGGUCUGCUUUCUCAAUAACAUGUUGCAAACCUAAAAAAGGAGAAGUUGACUCAGAUUGUCUCACAUGUGGAGAAAUCUGCUCAGAUGCUGACAUUUAUUACAAAACCCACAGUGAAAGGUGGUAAAAACAUCUUUGCUAUGCCUGUCAUUGACCUGCAUUAGUCUGAAAAUUUUCAAAUAUUUACCUUUUUUUGUGAGUGAAUGUCAUUGAGGGGCACAGCACAGCCAGUCCAAGGUGUAACAGAACCAACAAAAAAAUGUACGUUGGCAGUUUAUGAAAUUGUACAAAGAAACAUCUGGGUAGUCUUUCUGUACUGCUUCUGACAAACUGUUCCAAACUACCUGGAUUGAAAUGUAUACUGUAUUGUAUUCUUCCCCCUGAGGUGAGCUGAGGUGGGACGUGGUCUGCUCCUUCUGUAGUGCCCUCCGUCAUGGCCCGCUACCUGAGGCAUUUCACCGCUGUGGGCGAUGUGCAGCAGGUCCACGAGGAUGAUGAAGAGCUGCAUGUGGCCAGCGAGGAUCUGAGUCCAGCCACUGGCCAAUUUCCAACAACGCUGACCUUCAGGCAGUCACUGCAAAGGCUCUUUGGCUGUGACCGCUUCCAGGUGUUGGUGGUGUGUUUGGUAAUCCUGGAUGCCAUCUUUGUUCUGGCGGAGCUGCUUAUAGAUCUGUCCGUUAUAAAGCUGGAACAUGGCCACCUUGCUCCUGAGGUGUUUCACUACCUGAGUUUGGCUCUUCUCACAUUCUUCAUGGUGGAGCUGGCUGGUAAACUCUUUGCCUACCGCUUGGAGUUCUUUCAGCACAAGUUUGAGGUGUUUGAUGGUUUGGUGGUGGUAAUUUCCUUUGUGCUGGACAUUGUCUUCAUUUUCCACGAGGACGCCUUUGAUGGGUUAGGUCUUCUCAUCCUGCUGCGGCUCUGGAGGGUGGCCAGAAUCAUCAACGGUAUCCUGGUGUCAGUGAAGACCCGUGCACAACAAAAGAUACACAAGCUGAAGGAGAGCUAUGACCAUCUGGUUCAAAGAGUCACGGAGCUACAAGAGCGCAGCGAUAAACUGGAACAAGAGAACCAGAAACUCCAAGCCCUCCUGAAGAAGCAUGGCAUAGACUUCUAACUCGUCAAGCUAAAGGUUGCACAACUACUGUUCAGUGUCAUUUAUAUCCUGUAGCAUACCUUUGUGCACCAUUUUAAAAAAUGUAAACUAUGCAUUUCAUGAUAAACUUUCACACCUGGUUUCAGUAUUCCUACUACAGGAAUUUUACCUGUAGAAAAUUCAUUGUUUUUUUAAUCGUUGUCAUCAGUAGAUUCAUAUCCAGGUUGAAGUUCUGCAUGAUUGUCAGAUAUUCAGAUGCUGCUGGAUG